GAGAUGAUGAAGAUCUAUGUAAAAAUGUGACAGUGUAUCGUGUGAUGAGGAUGAUGAUGGUGAUCGUCAUGAAUUCCAGGGAUUUAUCUUUGCGUGAUUAUCCGGCCAUAUGUGAGACAGUGGUUGCGUUGAGCCAGCGCAGUAAGGAGGCGGAGUCUGCAUUCCUGGGAAUAUACAAACAGCUGAUCGAGGCCCCAGAUCCGGCUCCGCUGCUGCAGGCCACACAGGAGCGUCUGGCAGAACUUCAGCGUUCGGCUCCUGACGGUGACCCUCUGGUCACAGAAAUCUCUGAGCAUUGGAGAAAACACCUGGAGUGCCUUGACAAAGCAGAACACACAGAGGUGGGGCCUGUAACCGUGGAGACGGGGGAGGCGUCGUCACAGCGGCCCCACAUGAUGACACCAAACAGCACACAGAACGUCCAGGAUGGAGACGCCCCGCUCCAAAAUCACCAGGACCCACAGGAAGGGGAGGAACAUGAAUCAGACGUUUCGCUGCCUGUCAGACUCGGCCAGGCUGAGGACCGGAUCAAAGCGCUUCAGUCAUCACUGAACUCGGCCCGAACAGAGCUGCAGGAACUACGGUGUAAAUACGACAAAGAAAUGGUGGAAAAAGUGGAGGAGAUGGGCGCGCUAAUGGCGAACCUAGAGAAGGCCAGCCAGAGAGCGGAUCUGGCCCAGAGGGAGAUGGAGAGGCUGAAGAAGCAGCUCGCCGGCACUUCUAAAGGGACCGGCCCAUCAGAGGACAGACCCAAGGAGGAGAGGGAGCGCGAGGAGCGAGAUGAGACCUCGCUGUCCCGGCUGGAGGCGGUGCUGUUCUCCAAGGACAGAGAGAUCCUGCGACUGCUCGAGAACGUCCAGAGACUCCAGUUCACCUUACAGGAAGUCCAGGACUCCUCGGCCAAUCAGAUCGCCGAGCUGAAGCGGCAGCUGGCCUAUAAGUCAGAAGCUAUAGAGACCCUGGAGGCCAAGCUACAGUCUCAGCUGGAUUAUGAAGAGAUCAAAACUGAACUCAGCAUCCUGAAAGCCAUGAAACUGGCAUCAGCCAACGGAAGUUCAUCCCAGGAAUCAGCCAAAACCGCUGAGGCUCUGCUGCUGGACAAAGAUGCCUUUCUGCCCUCUCACAAAUUUCUUGUGGAUAAAGUCAGAGUGUUACACAACAGCGAUGAGGGUCACUCUGAGGACUGCAGUAAGCAUGUGAGUCACCCGGCGGGGUCAUAUUCCUCCCCUCCAGGAACUUUGCCCAUAGAUGGCCGCACUUCCUCCAGCCCAGGACCGCCCAACACUGACACGCCAUUCUCUGCCCAUGAACUGCCCCGCCCCUUCUCAGUGUCGCCCUUCUCGGGCGAGAAACUUCAUGGAGAUCAGCUCCUGCAGAAGCAGCUCCUGUCUCCGCUCUUCAAGAAAGACGGCAGCUCCAUCAUGGCGUUCCCCACCGCCCUCUACGCCGCCAAAGCGGCCCUCAUGUCAGCCAAUCAUAACGCCUCAAUGUCCGUCGCCAUGGAGACAGGCAUGCCAAGUGACCAAUCGGAGAGCGGAAGCUCGGGGGGAGGAGACGACAAUCAGUUGGAAACGGCAGAAAUCGCUUUUCAGGUCAAAGAGCAGCUGCUGAAACACAACAUCGGUCAGCGUGUGUUCGGCCACUACGUGCUGGGCCUCUCGCAGGGCUCGGUCAGCGAGAUCCUGGCUCGACCCAAACCCUGGAGGAAACUCACCGUCAAGGGCAAAGAGCCUUUCAUCAAAAUGAAGCAGUUCCUGUCGGAUGAGCAGAACAUCCUGGCGUUACGCACCAUCCAGGUUCGCAAGCGAGGGAGCAUCACUCCUCGCAUCCGAACUCCUGAAAAUGGGUCAGAUGAUGCCAUCAAGAACAUUCUAGAGCAGGCCAAGAAGGAGAUCCAGUCACAAAGAGGUGAUUGUAAGUCGUCUCUGGGCUGUUCAUCAGGACGUAACAGCUCCGGAGGAAGCAGCAGUUCUGACGAAACCAUCAAGAGCAUCCUGGAACAGGCCCGUCGAGAGAUGCAGGCGCAGCAGCAGGCCCUGCUGGAGAUGGAGGUGUGCGGCCGGGCGUCCUCCAGCGAGCGUCUCGCUCUGCAGGAUCCCGCCAAGGGUCAGCUGCCCCCCACGCCUCCCUUCAUCAAACAGGAAGAGAAUGUGUCCGUGCCGAUGUGCGUGUCCAAUCCCACCGGCAGCCCUCAGAUGCCUCUGAGUGUCCUGUCCCCCGCCGUCUUUGUCCAAAACAUCAUCCGUAAGGUGAAGUCAGAGAUUGGCGAUGCUGGUGCGUAUUUCGACCAGCACUGGUCCGCCGAACGCGGUGCGGUCGUGAUGGGCGUGAGCUCUCACCCGUUCACCUCCGUGUCUCCGUCGCUCUCCUCCUCUUCGUCCACGGGACAUUCGUCCAUGCCUCGUCCCUGGCCGCGGAUGGAGAACGGAGACUGCCCUGCAAACGGCGAGGAAACGUCCGCGCCAGAGGACGAGCCCAUGUUGGGACGGCAGGUGGAGAUCAAGGUGGAGCCGGACGCGUCGGUCAGCGGCGAGCCACCCUGCGGAGGAGGACGGGUAUCAUACUACCCCACCUACAUCCCCCGAACCCUGAAGCCCACCGUCCCGCCGCUGACCCCUGAGCAGUACGAGAUGUACAUGUACCGUGAGGUGGACACCCUCGAACUCACCCGGCAGGUGAAGGAAAAACUGGCCAAGAACGGGAUCUGCCAGAGGAUCUUCGGAGAGAAGGUGUUGGGUUUGUCUCAGGGCAGCGUGAGUGACAUGUUAUCCAGACCUAAACCCUGGAGUAAGCUCACUCAGAAGGGCCGCGAGCCGUUCAUACGCAUGCAGCUCUGGCUGCUGGACCAGCUGGGUCACGGACUCAACCAGCUGUCCAACCACAGCCACAGUCAGGAUAAGAGCCCCGUGACGAGCCGCUCGUCCCCGUCCCCUCCUCCGAGUCCUGAGGACGGACACCCCAGCAUGACCCUGGAGCCCGUGAGUCUGGCGCUGGAGAGCAGUAAGGAGAACCAGCAGCCGCAGCACGCCGAGCCCCACGGAGGGAAGAGCACGCCGGGCAUGACGGUCCCACAGCAGCCCCACACGCCGCUGGGCAUCCAGGAGCUGGUGGCCAUGUCUCCGGAGCUGGACACGUACGCCAUCACCAAGAGAGUGAAGGAAGUGCUGACCGACAACAACUUAGCGUAUCUGAAGAGGCGAUACGGUCUGCUGAGUCCCGGCUCAGACAGCGAUUCCCCCGGCGCUCAUUCAGACUGCAUCAGUCCGGGUCUGACCCCGCUGGAGCUCUGCCCCUUCAGCCAGGCCAAGAAACCCCGCGUGGUGCUGGCGGCCGAGGAGAAGGAGGCUCUGAGGAAGGCGUAUCUGCAGGAGCCGUAUCCCUCGCAGCACACCAUCGAGAUGCUGGCCGCCCAACUCAACCUCAAAACCAACACCGUCAUCAACUGGUUCCACAACUAUAGGUCCCGUAUGCGGCGAGAGGUCCUGAUGCAGGGUCUCCAAGACAACGACACUGACGCCGAGCACAACAACUACUCCCCGGUGACAUCCCACAGCCCCGCAUCCGACCGCGACGACAGGAAGCAGCCCUCGGCCGUUCACAGCCGCCCUCUGAGCGCCGCCCCGCGCCGCUUCGCUGUCAAACAGGAGACCAGUGAGCCGGAUGAAGACGAGGAGCUCCGUCUGCGGCAGGCCAAGUGCUUCUCCGUCGCCGUCCAGUUCGCCCAGCUCAAAAGCGACCCGGAAACGCCCCCGCACCGCUCGCUGGGUGUCAAAGACGAGGAGCUGCAGAGGAACAGCCAUGAGGACGAGGAGCUGGAGAAGUCGCCCGAGGAUCCCGUCAGCUUCAAGGCUUCGUCCGAACCGUCCCGGAGCAGCCUGGAGGUGUCGCUCAACUCGCCCUCCGCCGCGUCCUCGCCCGGCCUCAUGAUGUCCGUGUCCCCCGUCCCGUCCUCUUCCGCCCCCAUCUCCCCGUCGCCACCCAACCCGCCGGCCCCGAGCCAUCAUCACCCGCCGAGCUCGCCCUCGCUCAACUCCAAACUCAACAAGAGCACUCAGAGACGCAACGAGAAGAUGGCCAACCUCAACAACAUCAUCCAUCGCCUGGAACGGGCCGCCAACCGCGAGGAAACGCUCGAGUGGGAGUUCUAGAGAUUCACGCUCUGUAAGAAGAUCGUAAGCGUCAGAUAUUUAUAAACACAUUUUAGGUAUUUUGAUAAAGUCACUUUGGAUUCUAUGUCACAGCACUAGCUGGUUUCGAGGAGAGGUAACGUAGCGGUGUCAUGAAAUGCACACUGACGUCUUGUAGAUUGCCACUGGGUGAGAUUAUGAAAUAAAAGACCUCUGUCUUAAGCCAUCAAAAAGCACUACUUAUUUAAAAACAAAAAAAGAGAGAGACAAUGACCAAAUUUGCUAAUUUUUGAAUAGCAGUUUUUCAAUUUUUGUCUGUAAGACGGGACAGCGAAGUCAAGUGACGUGCGACAGCUUCACGUUGACCGAGGGAUAGUCCUAAAAGACUCUAAAUAGUGAACAAUGCAUAUGUAUUUAGUUUCUUGGUGACAUGUUUUGGAUCUUUUGUUAUACAAGCGUACAACGUGUGAUUGUGUGUGAUGUAGAAAUCGUCUGCAAUAGCCUUCUCUGAACAAGAUGUAGCAUGGAACAUAAUUUACCUUCUAUUUCCUCUCUAGAUAGUAACCUGUGAUAUACUUGAGCGAUACUAUAAAAAGAGAAAAACGGCAAAAACAAGAAAAAAGGAAAUGUAAAAAAGUCGCUACGACGGUAGAUGCAUUUUUUGAUUUCGUGAACGUGUCAUGUUUUAUUUAAUUUUUUUUGGUUGGAUACUUUGAGGUUUUACACCAGGGCUCUUGUGCACAGUUUACACACUGCAGAAAAAU